AUGACUCCAGCAGGUUCAACGCAGCAGCCUCGUGUCUUCCUCCCCCUUUACGUCUCGGCAGGCAAUGAAGCGCGCGAUAGACUCGCUUUCUUCCAUAUCAUCGAGAGACUGAAGACCCAGAAACGGACGGGGUGGGUGGACCACAAGGUUGUGCCCAAUCCGGAGAGCAUAUCGGACCACAUGUACCGCAUGUCGCUUCUUGCGAUGUGCACCGCAGACGCAGAUCUGGACGUCAGCAAAUGUGUCAUGAUGUGUCUGGUACAUGAUCUCGCAGAAGCACAGGUCGGCGAUAUCGCUCCCCGCGAAGGCAUCCCGAAAGCUGAAAAGAGGCGGCUGGAGGCAGAAGCGAUGCAUAACUUCGUGCACGAGAUGUUACACAAUAGUCCCACAGCACAGAAAAUCGAAGCGUUGUGGCAGGAGUACGAAGACGGGGAGAGCAAAGAAGCCCGUUUUGUCAAAGGUAAGCUCACUUACAUGUGCCUCACAGACAGUCUAGAUCUUGAUCGUUUCGAGAUGGCUGCCCAAGCUUUCGAGUACGAGCGAGAUCAUGGCAUGAAAACCUUGCAGCCGUUCUUCGAUAGCAGCCUCCCCAACAUCCGUCAUCCUGAGGUUCAAGGCUGGGGCAAGGAUUUACUCGCCGAGAGGGAACAGUUUAAGCAAGCCCAACAACAGGACAAGACUUCAGAACAGGCGGAUCGAUAA